AUGGGUUCCGUCCAGCUCAAACGCUACGCCAUCGUCGGCUGCGGCGUCCGCUCUUCCUUCUAUUACAGCAGUAUCCUGAAUGACCACAGCGAUGUUGCCACCCUCGUCGGCCUGUGCGACACCAAUCAAACCCGCAUGAACGCCGCCAAUGAUCGAAUAGUCGAGCUCGGCGGCUCGCGACUGCCUACUUACAAAGAAAGCGACUUCGACAAGAUGGUGGCCGAGCAGCAGCCCGACGUCGUCAUCGUGACCACCAUCGACAAAUUCCACCAUGUCUACUGUAUUCGGGCGCUGGAACUGGGCUGCGAUGCCAUCACGGAGAAGCCUCUGACCAUUGACGAGGAGAAGCUGCAGGCCAUGAUCGAUGCCGAGAAGCGGACGGGCAAGCAGAUCCGUGUGCUCUUCAACUACCGCUAUGCGCCACACCACACCAAGAUCCGCGAGCUCAUUGCCUCGGACACCAUUGGGGAGAUCGCGACCGUGCAUAUGGACUGGAUCCUGGACUGUGCGCACGGUAGCGAUUUCAUGAGGCGCUGGCACCGCGACAAGGCCAACAGCGGCGGCAUCCAGAUGCACAAGUCCAUCCACCACUUUGACCUGGUGCACUUCUGGAUGGACACCGAACCCGUGCUCGUCUACUGUCUGGGCGACCUGCGUUUCUACGGACGGGAGAACGCGGAGCGACGCGGUGUCAAGAACCUGGGCGAGCGCUACCUCAACAACGACGAGGCCAAGAGCGACCCCUUCGCCAUCAAUAUCGAGAAGAAUGCCCAGCUGAAGAAACUGUACCUCGAGGCCGAGCACGAGGACGGCUACAUCCGCGACCGCAACUGCUUCGCCGAUGGCAUCUCCAUCGAGGACAACCUGUCCAUGAUCAUCAAGUACAGCAACCGCGCCGUGAUGACGUACAACACGUACGCGUACGCGCCUUGGGAGGGCUACCGCUGCGUCUUCAAUGGCAGCAAGGGUCGCAUCGAGAUCAACGUUGUCGAGGGCGGGUACUCGGCCGGUGGCGAGGCGGUUACCAAUCAGGGCCUGGGCGACCUGGAGAAGAACUACAUCCAAGGCGGCGUCGAGCAGACCAAGAUUGUCGUAUACCCACUGUGGGACAAGCCGUACGUGGUAGACGUUGAGAAGGGGUCUGGUGGCCACGGUGGCGGCGAUCCAGUGCUGCUCGAGGACGUGCUGGUGGGCAAGAAGGAGGAUCAGUUCAAGCGCGCAGCCUACCUGCGAGCUGGUGGUAAUGCAGUGCUGGUAGGCGUUGGCGCCAACCAUUCGAUGAAGAGCGGAUUACCCAUCAAAGUGCAGGAGUUGGUCAAGUGGUAG